GUCUUUGUGAAGGCCUGGCGGCCACAGCCCAUUUUCCCAUCCCAACCUGGCUGCGCCGUGAAGUGGACCUAAGCCAGUGGAGCAGGGAACAGGCGGCGGUCCCCAGGGUGCUGCCCAAGGUCGCGGCCCCCCCCCCGCCCACUCACCCCACCCACAGGGAGGCCAGUCUGGCAGAUGGGCGGCCUGCGGUGGGGGUGGCGGUCGUCUGGCGGACACAGGCUCACCCGCCAUCCGCCGCCGGACAAAGCGGGCCUAGACAAAGGCGCGGCCAACACCUGUCGCUCUUGGCGCGGCCCCCGCUUUUCUCCACCGAAGCGGCUGCAGCUGCCAACUGUCAUGGGCAUCAAGUUACGGGGACCAGACGGCGGCCUACGCGAAUCUGAAUCCAGCACCCCGACAGUCGCGCGGGAGCGCUCCUCCCGGGAGGCACCUUGCACGAACUAGGACAAGUGUGACUGAAUGAAUGCUGCUCCCACGCACAGCAGACCUGGGGGCCUGGCUCAGGCCCGGAAGCCCCUGGUGGAGAAGAAGAGGCGCGCGCGGAUCAACGAGAGCCUUCAGGAGCUGCGGCUGCUGCUGGCGGGCGCCGAGGUGCAGGCCAAGCUGGAGAACGCCGAGGUGCUGGAGCUGACGGUGCGGCGUGUGCAGGGCACGCUGCGGGGCCGGGCGCGCGAGCGCGAGCAGCUGCAGGCGGAAGCAAGCGAGCGCUUCGCGGCUGGCUACAUCCAGUGCAUGCACGAGGUGCACACGUUCGUGUCCACGUGCCAGGCCAUCGAUGCCACCGUCGCCGCAGAACUCCUGAACCACCUGCUCGAGUCCAUGCCUCUGCGCGAGGGCAGCAGCUUCCGGGAUCUGCUGGGGGACGCCCUGGCCGGGCCUCCGGGAGCCCCUGGGCGAAGCGGCUGGCCCACGGGAGGGGUCCUGGGGUCCCCUCAGCCCAGUACCCCAGGCCCCGGGGACGACCUGUGCUCCGACCUGGAGGAGGCCCCCGAGGCUGAACUGACCCGAGCGCCUGCUGAAGGGCCAGACUUGGUGCCAGUGGGCCUGGGCAGCCUGACCGCUGCCCGCAUAGCUCAGAGCGUCUGGAGGCCUUGGUGACUAACACCAGCCCGAGGUUUGCGAGGGUGGGCGUGGCCUUCCCUUGCUCUGUUCCCUCCUCCCUGCGGUCCAGAUGUGGUGGGGCGAGGGGGCCUGGCCGUCUCCCAGGGCUGCUUGCUCUCUUCCUCCAGUGGCUGGGUUGCCGGGCAGUCUGGGAUGACCAGCCCAGUCAGGCCCCUAGCCCUGUUUCUUAAGGAAGUAUCUCUUACGGACCCCACAGUCCCGUCCCCCCCCCCCCCCGGCCCGUGGGUGGAGGGCAGGAGCUACAGGCAGGAGGAGGAGGAAUCUUAGGGAACCAGGGUUUUCCAGGGUUUCACUGUCCCAGCCUUCUCAGGUACCGUGUGGAUCUGGGGGCAGGGGUGACCAGAAUGGUGCCGAAGUCCUUCUCGGGCCUGGGCACUAGUGACGGGACAGAGGGACACCUCAGACCCUGACAGCCCUGGCCUGAGCAGAAGCUUGAACUUGCCACUUGAGUCAGGACACAGGAGAGGCGGGUGCUUCCUCCACCUGCCAGAGAGAAGCACAGCUCCCUGGACGUCUUGAGUCUGUGUGUUAGGUUACCACCACGUGUUCCAGUUUUCUUAAAUAAAGCAUCUUGGAGAGUUAGCUACCCUUCUGGAGUAGGACUGAA